AUAAGAGGAGCGGUCGAGUGGCACAGCGUUUCAUUUGUUCGUCUCGAGCCCUACGCUUAGGUUCACCACUAGUUGUCUGCCAUUCGUUUGGAUACAGAGACAGAGAGAGAGAGACAGCGAUUGAGUGCACCGGCGCUGACGAUCACCGCAAACAUCCCAUAAACGAGAAGACUGACGAUGACUACCACACCAUUCCUCGGGUGUAAAAUCUCGUUGAUCUCCAAGAGUGAGAUCAGGUAUGAGGGGAUACUCUACACGAUUGAUCCCAAGGAGUCGACAAUCGCGUUGUCUAAAGUGCGCUCUUAUGGCACUGAAGACAGACCGGCCGAACGCCAGGUGCCGCCCCGGGACGACAUCUUCGAGUAUAUCAUCUUCAGG